UUGAACGUUUGUUCUCCUUCCAGUGCCGUUCAGCUUUUCUACUCAGUGAGGAAUAUCUUCCAUUUGUUCCAUGACGUGGUGCCAACAUACCACAAGGAGAACCUUCAGAAGCUCCCCCAAUUGGCUGCCAUUCACCAUAACAAUUGCAUGUAUAUUGCUCACCACUUGCUGACCCUGGGUCAUCAGUUCAGAUUGCGUCUUGCUCCCAUUCUUUGCGAUGGCACGACUACCUUUGUGGACCUUGUACCUGGCUUCAGAAGACUUGGCACAGAGUGUUUUUUGGCCCAAAUGCGGGCGCAGAAAGGAGAACUUCUGGAAAGAUUAUCAAGUGCUAGGAGUUUUUCCAACAUGGAUGACGAAGAGAAUUAUUCUGCAGCAAGCAGAGCAGUGAGGCAGAUACUGCACCAGCUAAAGAGACUUGGAAUUGUGUGGCAGGAUGUCCUGCCGGUGAAUAUUUAUUGCAAGGCUAUGGGGACCUUGCUAAACACCGCGAUUGCUGAGAUGAUUAGCAGAAUCACUGCUCUGGAGGACAUCUCAACUGAAGAUGGCGAUAGAUUGUAUUCCCUGUGCAAAACUGUGAUGGAUGAAGGGCCGCAAGUGUUUGCACCUCUGUCUGACGAGAACAAGAACAAGAAAUACCAGGAAGAGGUUCCAGUCUAUGUGGCCAAAUGGAUGCCUUUCAAAGAGCUGAUGAUCAUGCUGCAGGCUAGCCUGCAAGAAAUUGGAGAUCGGUGGGCAGAUGGAAAGGGGCCCCUGGCAACUGCAUUCUCUUCCAGCGAAGUAAAAGCUUUAAUCCGUGCCUUGUUCCAGAACACAGAAAGAAGAGCUGCUGCCCUUGCUAAGAUUAAAUAGUUCUCCCUCCCUGAGAAAGCCUCUCUUGACUCUGGUUCCUCCAUGGCUGUCAUUAUUUCCUUCAGAACUUCUCAGAAUCACUCAUUGCUUUUGGUGAACCAAUAUAUCAUGGAAGUGUGACUUCACAUCAGGACACCUGACAUGGCCUGGAUGAAGGCUUUCUGAACUGGAUAUUAGGACAUCACUUUAAGCAAUUCACUGGGUUCCAUGACUGUUGCUGCUCUCCCUUGCCAAGUAUGAAUCUGCUGGGCAGCAUGAUUUGUACCCAGGCCCUCUGAGAGCUGUGUACAUUGUAAUUUUAGACCCUAGCUUUGGACAUUCCAAAGUUAGGGUUAAGAAUUUGUAAGAUACUUUUUUGUGGGGAGGGUGGGGAUUAGGGGCACAUUACUUGGCCUUACAAGAAUUAGGGAAACCUCUUAUAUUUCUUUCCAGUAAAUAAUUCCUUUCAGAGUUAA